AGUCUGAAAUCAAAAAUGACUCGAUGUGGCAUCAUUUUGGUGAUAUGCUGUCUUUGCAUUGGAUGUGGUCAAGGCCGACCACAGAUUUUGGAGCAAAAUGGUGACCCGUUGUUCAACUACUGGUAUACACCGCCUCAGGUCUUUCAGCCGACACCACCGACUCAAGGAGAUGGCAGCAGCACUACCACGACCGCCACGCCCACCACUCCCUCCCCGAGAUAUCUGGCAUGCCUGCAGGUGUGCCCGGUCACCAGCGAAUACAAUCCCAUCUGUGGCAGUGACAACAUAGUUUACUACAAUGAAAAUAGAUUUAACUGCGCUCUCCGAUGUGGUAAAAAUGUUGAACGGUUGCGAAAUGGAAUUUGUUGAGCUUUGGGGCAGGAAGCGCGGAAGCGACAGAGAUAACCCCCAGACUUGCUUAGUGUUAGUCAAUCUUACAAAGCUAUCAAUGACGUCAUGAAAUAAAAAAAUAAAUGCUUUGGAGGCCU